UUUUGUGAAAUAACUUUAAUUUCUUUAAACAGAAAUGCGAGUUCUUAACUUUUCUAAUCAGUUUGAGUUGCCCGGUGAAAUCACCAUUGUUGAGGAGCAUUGAGAGGAUACUAGCGCACCACAGAUUCCGUGGUUACUCCUGGCGACUUUUUUUGCCGAAAGAGCGCAGAAGUGUAGUGUUCUGUGGAGUCAAAAUGGAGUAAUGUUGGGAAACAAGUACAGUAGUUGUGAGAAGGUUAAUAGUUGGAUCUUUCUGUAUGUUCGUCGCAAUCUCCUAUUAUUAAUAUUACAUGAACAGUAAUAAUUAAAAGAAUUUCACGCUCGCGGAAUAUUUAAUGAAUGAAUAAAUUGUUGAAUGAAUAAAUACUAUCGCUAUAGGUGCGAUUGGAGUUUGUAGAUCAGUGUAAAUAGCCUGUAAUAAAAUCUUUGACGUUGUUUUGCAAUGUUAUUUGCAUAAUUUUGUAAUUAUGCCACAUUUUGUGGAUUUUCGGGACAACAAAAAGAUACAGAAUAUGAAUGAUACCGCAGCAGAAUUUCCAUGUUUGAAAGCCUCUAUUUUGCGUAAGGCAUCAAAUAUAUCUGGUGCGGUUGAUCAAGUGACUAUCGGACCUGAUUCAGUUUUGAAUAAUACCAAUACUACGUGGAGAGACAACAUUGAAAAUGAACAAAAUGGUACUAAUGUCAAAGAAUUGUAUUCUCCAAACAUUCAAAAUGUGCAAACUUCCACGACAUCUACUGCUAAAAUAUCUACGAGUGGGAUAACAUUUUCUGUUCGAAAAAUAUUUCUUGAAAAUGAAAUCCAAAGGCGGGAGGAAGUUCGGAAAGCCAUUGUACGUAGGUGGCAACAGAUGGAGGAGUCUGAAAGGGCUCUCCAAGUGGAACUAGAAAUAUUGAAAUCCACUAUGGCCUUGAAACGAGCUCGCGAGGAAGCGGAAGAAAUGGCUAAGCGUGAAGCAGAAGAGGCUCGCGUUGUUCAAUUAACUGAGAUUCGAAGAAAACACGAACAGCAGUUGAGCGCACAAAGAAUUCAAGAACGUCAAGAACGAUUGAGGCGAGAAGCAAUCGAGCACAUAAAACUUCAGAAAAAAAAAGAACUCACGGACAAAGUUGCUCCGUUUCAUGCUGGUUUCUUGUCUAAUUGCCAGAAUAUUGGUACAUUAUCGAAAAGCUGCAAGGACAGAAAUGCUGCCGGUAUCGCGCUAUUAAUGUACGCCACAGAAUUGAAUGAAUUGAAUUUACAAAUGGAGGCGAUCAAUCAAAAAGCUCGUAUGGGCGAAUUAACUGCUGCGGGCGUCUGCGCGGCGGAGAGGAUAGCGCAACAAAGCACUGAGAUCUUGAACAAUUUCAGAUCUGAAAUAGAGCGAUCGAAUGAGUUGUGUGAGAAAGUUGGCAUCCAGAGCUUAGGUCAACUACAACAACCCUACGAAGCACUAAACAAUCCACAAGAAUCUCAAGAGAAGAUAACGCAACCUGAAGAAAUAUCGGAAUCAACAAUAUUUCUGCCAGAAAUAGAAUUGAAAAGUCAAGAAAACCAAAGUGCUACGGUAACAGCGGCACAAGAGGGAAUACCGGCACUGAACGAAACACCUGUCGUUGAAUUGGCUUCAAACUUGAAUUCGACAGCUCCUCAAUUAGCUGUAAAAGAAAUAAACGACAAUGGACGAGAUGUAACAGCUGAAGUAGUAGCGAAUGUGGAAUCAAAUUCUGCAUAUGAUGUUCUGCAAUUUGUUGAUAAGGAAUCGUUAAAGCUCUUCGUGCAAAGCCAAGAGUUUCUUGAGCAUCACAUGGCUAUAUAUGCGGAUUUACUGCGGCAAAGUUCAUCUAAAGAGUUUCGAUUCGAGUGUCAGAAGGCUAUAAAUAUUCCGGUGAACGCCAUUUCUGGUGUGAGUGGCGAACAUUUAAGAGACAAGUAUGAACGUCUUCAGCAACUGCUAUCCGGAAAAUUUCCAGGAAACGUUACUUCUCAUCCGCAGGGAAUCGCAUAUUGUAAAGAUGUUCUUGCAAAAAAGAUCGUGAGUCAAGGGGAAACCCUGAUCUCGAGUAAGCCUGAGAUGGCUUUUCCCGUGGCGGCUGUGGCCGUUGCUCUUUGGAAUGAGCAUCCGGAUUUCGGUGAAUUAUUGAUGGCACAUUUUCACAAAACUUGUCCUUACACAGUGCCGAUAUUUCUUCCGCAACAGAAGGGUCAGUCGAACGAGGAUUACUACAGAUCUUUAGGAUAUAAGUACGGGGAAGAUGGAACCGUUGAGAAACAAGAUAAAUACCUUAAAAGGAUGUCGGGUUUGAUAAGAUUGUACGCCUCGAUUAUUGUAACGCGACAGCGACGCGGUGUAACAAAGACGCAUCCGCAUGGACUUCAAAAUGCUUGGCGAUGGCUGGCUGCUAUUCUCAAUAUCGAACCAAGACCUGAUAUGUCGGAUGUUUGUGCUACAUUAUUACGUGACAUGCUAGAUGUUGCUGGAAGCGCACUUUGGAAUGCCUAUCCUAAGCAAUUUAUGAAGCUCUUGAUGCUACUGGUGAAUCAAUAUUACCCCCGUGUUCGCAAUAUGGGAGGAGUCGGCGGAGGUCCUAUGGCAAGACUAGAAGAAUUUUUGAAAAACAGUUUAUCGAGAGGAUCCAUUCCAGCACCAGAAGGACAAUUGGCUCCAAAUUUUUGGUAGUUUAGUAAGUAACCUGAUCAAGUGUAUAAAUUCACCAAAAAAAUAAUUUUUGCUGAAGUGUAAAGUAAACGCAGGUCGUGGAUGCCCAAAAAAUACGACUUUGUCUCAUGGCGUAAUUAGUACAUACAUUUUUUGACUGCGUGGUCACGCUCAACCACGGAUGGUAACGAAAUAAAUUUAUAUUUAUAGAA